AUGAAACAACGGGACAUCAUCCCUCAUAAUCAGUGGAACACGAUAACUCAGGAGAUGAAAUUCCCAAUGCAGAAGAUUUAUGGUCAUUUGUUGAAUGCUGACAGAAUUAUAUGGAGCCAGCUUAUGUUUUUGAACCCAGCUAGGCCUCGGGCAAUUUUCUGUUUAUGGAUGCAGUGUCAUGGCAGGUUACCAACAAAAGAUAGAAUGGUUCGUUUUGGCUUCACGCAGGAUAACAUAUGUAGCAUGUGCAAAUCAUCUGUUGAAACUAAAGAGCAUUUAUUCUUUGAAUGUAAUCUGCCCAGGACUACUUGGUGCACUAUAUUGGAGUGGAUUGGGUUUAAGCAUACCCCUUUGAACUGGAACGAUGAAUUGAACUGGAUUGUUGCAAAUUUCAAUAAGAAGGGUUGGAGAGCCAGGCUUCUUAAACUUGCUUUUACUGAAGUAAUCUAUGGGAUAUGGGCCCAUCGUAACAGUGUGCUCUUUGGUACAGGUUCUACUGCCAUCCUUCAGGCUAUUUCAGAGUGCAUAGUCCAUAGGAGUUGGGUUGAUAAACGUAUUAGGAACCAUAUAGCUGACUUACUCUUAUGA